GUCUCCUCACCUUUUCCUACCGGCCUCGCCUGCCUGACCACCAUGUUCCAACUACCGACCCUCGUCUCUCUUUUUGUUCUCGCUGCUUCGAAGAUUGUCUCGGCUUCACCAUGUGUGACCUUCGACUCCAACUUCAACCUCCUUGCGUUCGGUCUUGACGGCAAGGAUUGGAAUGCUGGCCCGCAGGCUUCGUGGACAAAUGGCACCGCGACUGACAUCACGGCAACUGGUCGCCCGCCAUUCGACGGUUCCAACACUACGUGCUACCUUGCGCAAUUCUACAACGCAGUCUACGUCUUGAACGGCGAUUCCAAGAAUCCUUCCUCCGUAUACAUCUACGACGCAGCCAAGAAGGCUUGGUCCACGCAGUCUGUAACGACCGGGACGUUUGAUUCGUCCGACUUCAAGGCCAUCCUCGACCACGACACGAACGUAUUCUACGCGCUCUCCAAGGGUGAACUAUUCUUCCUGAACAUGAACGCGAUGACCACGGCCAACUCGAGCGCAAUUUCGUGGGUCGACGCCAGGGCAUCUCCUUACCCGGCGACAUACAACCCCGUCAUGGCGCUUGCGCAGAACCACAUUCACUUCCUGGAUGUUCCCGGUUUGACUGCUGGUGAAGCUGACAUCUUCGUUAUUCAUUAUUCGUACUUCCAGCCUACUUCGCAACUCUACUCGGCGUCAAGCGGCAGCUCCUUCCCAGCGACUUACGGCCAGACCGCGUCGUUCUUCCAGGCCGAGGGCGUGCAGCAGGAGUUCGCAUUCAUUCCGGACGAUGGCUCUGCGACGUACGUGAUCAACGUCGAGACCAACACCACGGAGGUGUACGCGGGUCCGACCACGAAGGAUGCCGCUGCGACAUACGCGGCAAGCAUCACUGCCCUCGUACAGCUUGACAGCAAAGGCGAGGUCUCGUUCUUCCCCUACACCGAGAGCGACGUAUCUGCGAACACGGCUGCGGCGUGGUCGAAGGUCAGCGCGCUUGCCUCGGUCGCUCCUGCAAGCUCGUCUGUAAGCCCCAGCGCUACCGGUGUCAAGGCGAGCGGUUCCCAUGGUGCGAGCGCGACGGGAUCGAGCGCUGGUUCCAGCACAACGGGUUCUGCGUCGGGCAACACGUCGGGUGCCAACAUCGCUGCAAGAACGAGCCAAGGAUUAGUACUCGCAUGCGUACUGGCUGUGGCGGCUUGUGCUCUCUGAGCGGCGGAUGAUAUCCCUCAGUUAUAUCCUUUGCCUUUGGCGGGCCUCGAACAUAGUCAACCUUAAUAUCGCGUCUGUUGGGAACUCUAGGCAUGCUAGUGUCCAUAUGUACAACGCGGACGAUUUAUUUCUUAUCGAACGCUAAUUAAUACCCAUCUGACCGUGUGUGAUUGCUUGUUUCCGAGACAUGCAAUUUGAUACCAGUUUGUGGCCGCCAUU